UUGAGCGCCAUAUUGGAGUGUAACUAACUAGCUAUUGUUAUAAAUAGGGUCGGGGCUGCUGCUGGCUGAGUUUACAUGUUUUCUACAAGUUUGUUCUAAGGAAAAGAGAAAGUUAUCGGUUGGUCAUGAAAGAAAUGUCAGCGAACAGUAACAGUAUGCAUGGCGGGCAGCAGCCUCAGAAACACUAUGGCAUUACCUCAUCCAUUAGCAUGGCCUUCCCCAGGGAGGUGGACCAUCAGUACACACACAAGCUCAGCGAGGCCAUGAAACCCUUUGGGGUGUUUGAGGAUGAGGACGAACUCAACCACAGACUCGCAGUUCUUGGGAAGUUGAAUACAUUUGUCAAGGAAUGGAUUGCCGAGAUCAGUGAAACGAAGAACCUCCCACCAUCAGCGAUAACCAAUGUGGGGGGGAAGAUCUUCACCUUUGGGUCUUACCGGCUUGGAGUUCACACUAAAGGGGCGGAUAUUGAUGCCUUGUGUGUAUCGCCGCGACACGUGGAGAGGACAGACUUCUUCGACUCAUUCUUUGCAAAGCUCAAACUGCACGAAGAGAUCAAAGACCUACGGGCGGUGGAGGAUGCCUUUGUACCUGUGAUCAAAUUCAAGUUUGACGGCAUCGAGAUUGACCUGUUGUUUGCACGGCUGGCUCUGCAGUCCAUCCCAGAUAACCUGGAUCUGAGAGGAGACUCCCACCUGAGGAACCUGGACAUCCGCUGCAUCCGCAGUCUCAAUGGCUGCAGAGUGACAGAUGAGAUCCUGUACUUGGUACCAAACAAGGAGAACUUCAGACUAACCCUGAGGGCCAUCAAGCUGUGGGCCAAACGCCGUGGGAUCUACUCCAACAUGUUGGGCUUCCUGGGUGGAGUCUCCUGGGCCAUGCUGGUAGCCAGGACCUGCCAGCUCUACCCCAACGCUGUGGCCGCCACUCUCGUACACAAGUUCUUCCUCGUCUUCUCCAAAUGGGAAUGGCCAAAUCCUGUGCUUUUGAAACAGCCUGAAGACAGCAAUCUGAAUCUACCUGUUUGGGAUCCACGAGUGAAUCCGUCAGACCGGUACCACCUGAUGCCCAUCAUCACGCCAGCCUACCCCCAGCAGAACUCUACCUACAACGUCUCCUCUUCCACACGCACCAUCAUGAGCGAGGAGUUCAAAUACGGUCUCAGUGUUACAGAUGACAUCCUUCAGGGGAAAACCGACUGGUCCAAACUGUUCCAGCCACCCAACUUUUUCCUGAAGUACAAGCAUUAUAUUGUUCUGACUGCCAGUGCAUCCACAGAAGAAAACCAGUUAGAAUGGAUUGGUCUGGUGGAGUCUAAGAUCCGUGUCCUGGUGGGGAACCUGGAGAGGAAUGAGUACAUCACCCUGGCACACGUCAACCCCACAUCCUUCCCCGGGAACAAGGAGAGCUGUAGCGAGAACGAGUUUGUCUCCAUGUGGUUCAUUGGGAUCAUCUUCAAGAAAGUGGAGAACGCAGAGAGCGUCAACAUCGACCUGACCUACGACAUCCAGUCCUUCACAGAUACAGUUUACAGGCAGGCCAACAACAUCAACAUGCUGAAGGAUGGGAUGAAGAUCGAAGCGACACACGUGAAGAAGAAGCAGCUCCACCAGUACCUUCCUGUUGAGCUGGUGCAGAGGAAGAAGAGGAGCAUAGUGGAGCUGAACCGUAACUCCAACGGCGGGAGUUCCAAGCGGUCCUCUCUCGACGGCAGUCAGCUGGACAGUUCCAGAGACACCGACUCCGGGACUCCCUUCAGCUCUCCCACCUCCGCCUGCAAGCCGUCCAGGCCGGCCGCCUCAGACACAGACGACAGUUUGACACCCCCCAAGCUGCCAGCCUCUCUGUUUGUGGAGAACAGCUCCUCUGUGCCAGACGUCUCUCCACCCAGGGCCGAUCAGGAGAAGGGGUUGUCCAUCCCCGUCAUUGGAUCAAAGUCCAAGCCCUCUGCCCCAACUGGCCCAGUCGGUAGCACCAUUCCUACAGUAGUGGGUAGGAGCGUGGUCUCUCUCCCUGGCAGUACCAGCACUACAGAGCAGAACCAGAACGGAUCCAAGAGACUCCACUCCCCUACGCUGGAGGAUCAGUCCAAGAGACUGAAAGACAGCGCAGAGCCGCUGGCUGAUGUCUUGACCUUCAAGGAGCCGUUCCCUCCGUCUGGCGACGGCAGGGAGCAAGGGGACGGAGUCCAAGUGGUGAGUCCUCCAGCAGGCAGCACCAUUCCUACAGUAGUAGGCAGGAGCGUUGUACCCUGCCUGGGCUCCUCUAGAGAUACAUCCAGCCCGACCGAGCAGAACCAGAAUGGAGCCACCGCUGCAGCCAAGAGACCUCACUCCCCCACACAGGACGGACCCCCCAAGAGGAUACGAGACCCUGCAGAUCUGCUGGUGUCCGGUGAUGACUCUGCAUUCAAGGAGCCGUUCCCUUUAUCUAGCGACGGCCAGGAGCAAGGGGACGGAGUGAACGUCGAAAGUCUUGGAGGGGUAAAGGCUAUGCCUAUUCCAACUAUCGACACAUCAAGAACACAGAGACUUCCCAGUAUGGAGCUGCCAGACGUGACCUCUCCCCUCCCCAGCAGUAACCACCAGCGGGUGGUUAAGAACUCCAUCAGACUAGCCCUCAACAGGCACAGGUAACCCCAGGUAACGCCCCCCCCCCCCCAAACCCCUUCCUUCACGAGGCCAGGCCCUACAACACUGACUAGCUCCAGACCUGAGAGAUCCAAAAUCAAGACGACUGUGGUAAAACCUAGUGAGGAAGCCGAUUUUUAACUCUCCCGCUCACCCCAUCCUGUCACUGGACGAUGUGCAACGACAGUCCCUUGUUCCCCCAAAAAAUGUCAUCUCUGUUUCUAUGGUCCCCUUCCCAGUUGAGCCUGAAGCAGAAAUUAAAAUGCUGAUUUAAGAUUGGGUUGGAGAAGAGUUGGAUUUAUUUAUUUAUUGUAAAUUCCCCCCUCUUCCUUUACUGUGUGUAGUUUUAAAUGGCCUUAACGUGUCGAUGCUUGCUACUACACCGGUCUGUACCACCCUGAUGUUUUAACAGAUGGAAAAGUUCUACAGUAGGUGUAGUUUAUUGUACAUAGCUCGUCUUUAAAAAAAUAAAUAAAAAAAGAAUCACAGACGUUUAGUCUUUCCAUACAGCUGUUAUAGUUUUAUGAUCUAAAAUGAAAAGAAAAAAAAAAGUUUAAAAAAUGUAUUGUCCCCCCCCUGUUUGUCAACCACAUUACAACGUGACCUUGAUAGCCAAUCUCAGCCUUCCCACCCAGUAGACUCAGCAGCUUGGGUUGUGUUCAUUUGGGCUCUACAUAUGAAAAUGUUUUGCAACAGAAACCUGAAAUGAGCAUUCCUUUAUGGAUAAGUUCAGAUGGUACCUCCCUUUUUUCUUCCUGUCUAUUCCCCCUCUAGGUUAACAGGACCUCCUCUAUGCUCCCCCCCACUAGGUUGGUUAACAGGACCUCCUCUAUGCUCCCCCCACUAGGUUGGUUAACAGGACCUCCUGUGUAUAUCCCUUCCCUCUUGGUUAACAGGACCUCCUGUGUACGUCUUCCCUCUUCGUUAAAGGGCCUCCUGUAUGUUCUCUCUCAAGCUUUGACACCCACUAGAAUAGAGAACCAACUCUCCUGGAGAUCUACUGGGUAUUGUAGGCUUUUGCUCCAGCCCUGCACUAGAUUCACACACCUGAUACAGCCAACCAGGGUCCUGAGGGGCAGAUCAUUAGUAGAAUCAGGUGUUUUAUAGUAGGGCUGGAACACAACCCUGCGUGCGGUGCGGUAAGCUACUGUUCCCCAGGCAGCUCUAGAACCCAGGGAAUGUACUAAACAUGAGGGACUGGACGGUUGUGUUGCGCUAGCAGGGUCAUGGUUGUGAAGUGGUUCACAGCUGGAUUUGUGUUACGGAAAGGGUUUCAAGCUUUUGCUGGUGUGUGUGUGUGUGAGGAUGUUGGUGUACAUGAGUUAGUGUGUGUGUUGUAAUUCCCUCAGUGUGGGGUGUUGAUCCUCUGCACCUCCCGUGGAGGUUCUUAAACAUGGCGUCUCCUGGGGUCAUCCGGGGCUGAGUCCCAAAUAGCACCCUAUUCUAUAUAUAGUGUACUACUUUUGACCAGAGCCAUAAACGGCCCUGGUCAAUAGAAGUGUCCUCUGUAGGGAAUAGGGUGCAAUUUCAGAUGCGGUCUGGUUGAGGAGUUGACCUCUCAAAUCAAAUUUCAGGACUCUUACUCACAAAAUUUCUGAGUACGAGUGCUGAUCUAGGAUCAGGUCCCCCUUGUCUAUAUAAUGUUGUUCGUUUUAAGCAAUCAGGCACGAGCGGGUGUGGUAUGCGGCCAAUAUUCUGUGGCUAUGGGCUGUUCUUAUGCGCAACGUGGAGGGCCUGGAUACAGCCCUUAGCCGUGGUAUAUUGUCCAUAUUCCACAAACCCCCCGAGGUGCUUUAUUGCUAUUAUAAACUGAUUAUCAACGUAAUUACAACAGUAAAAAAUAAAUGUUUUGUCAUACCUGUGGGAUACGGUCUGAUAUACCACGGAUGUCAGCCAAUCAGCAUUCAGGGCUUGAUCCACACAGCUUAUCUGAUUUAAACGUCAAAACUGACUGUAGAUCAGCUGUGGUGCUCUGAGGCCCUUUUGAGUAUAAGCCCUGCUCUCCGUUAAACAGUAAUCUCUCUCUCUCCAUUCUACCCUGGUUCGGUGUACAGAAAGCAUCUGUUUUGCAUCCCAAAUGGCACCCUAUUCCCUACAUGGGGCUCUGGUCGAGAGUAGUGCACUAAAUAGGGAAUAGGGUGUUAUUUGGGACUCACCAUAUGUAUUAUAACAGGCGUAUUCUCUUCAUAUUUUUUUGUUUUCUUAUUGCUUUGUGUGUAUUUGUACGGUUUUGUAUCAUCUGUUCUAACAGCUGAAGGAUCUCAAUGACUUUUACACCACUCUGUUUUCCAACAACUUUCUCUGUGCUUUUUGAGAAACAAUUAAACAGGUCAUUUAUCAGUUGUUUUUUUUUGUAGGGCAACAAGUUGUAUUGGAAAAGGUAUUUUUGUAUGUAUUGUCUAUCACCUUUAAACGAGACCAUUAAAUCCAUAAAACCCCUA